CUUCAUUCAUUCUUCAUCCCCAUUCCGGCUCACCAAAUCCAUAUAGCUUCCACACUCAUAAGUACCCUCUCGAAAAAGAAAAAACCCUAACUUCAUCCAAAAUGCCCAACAUUUGGGCUCGACGCUCGAUCACGCGCGUUAUGCCACCGUUUCUGGUGCUACUGCUAGUAGUCACCAAUGUGACGGCAGAUCAUCACAUUGGUGACUACACACCUCCGUCCUCGUACUCCGACAAUCCCUCACCGUCACCAUCAGAACAGGCUUAUUACGAGUCUCCGAAUCCAUCUCAUCCACACUCGUCGUCUUCGUUUUGGAGAUUGCCACCUCCGAUAUAUUACAACUCGCUACACAAGCCUCGAAACAAUCCACCAAAGUUCUAUGUUGGUGGUAGUAGUAGUACUCCUCCUGGUCGAUCUUAUCCUGAAAAGUACUACUCUUCUCCACCACCACCGCCGCCGCCAUCGCCUGAUCAUUACUAUGUUCCAAAGUCUCCACCUCCUCCUUACAUCCACAAAUCUCCACCUCCACCUUCAUGGUCACCUCCUCAGAAACCUCAUCACAAAUCGCCUCCGCCACCUUACAAACACAAAUCGCCGAUGCAUUAUUAUUCUCCUCCUCCACCUCCUUAUCAUUACUAGGGACUAAAACUUGAUCUCCAACCACCUAGUUGAGUUUAUUCAGUGCUCCACUGAAACAACGUGUUCUACGUUAUGAUCAUACGAUAUGUUAUAUCACAAACCAUUUAUCAACUUCUUCAAGAGACUUCUCGUUGAUGGUGAUGGAUGACGACGUGGGAAGAUCGUGAAGAAUUAUUAUUUAUAGAGGAUAGUAGUUUACGCAUUGGCAAGAAGCUUUUAAUAUUGUGUUGUUUCCCCUUACUGAAAGAAGAAAAAAAAUUGUUGUUGCAUCACUUCCCGUUAUUUAAGUUGUGAUUUGAUUGAUAGAAUUAUGAUUGUUGCUACGUACUUUUCUCUUUAUAGUUAGUUUACCUUUCCUCUUAAUUAAAAUUACUUUUCUCUUGAUUAAUAGAAUUAUGAUUGUUGC